AUGCCUUUGAGACGCUCCCAACGGAUCCGGCCCUUCGUCAUGGCCGUGGUCUUCCUCUUCCACACGGAGCUCCUCAGUUUUUGCGGCAUGUCAAACCCUCGCAUGUCUCCGGCCGAUCGCCGCUUGAAGCCGGCUUUGCAUAUCUUUGGCAGGAAGCCGGAGGAGCCAGCAGAGCCAGAGCCAAGCCAAGACAUCAGCACCAUGGACGAGCGGGCGGUGUCUCAUUGGCUGAGGACGUUGAGCAUGGACCAAUACAUUUCAAGGUUUGAAGAGGAAGGCAUUUGCGGGCUGUUGCUGGCAAACCUGACUGAGCAGGAUCUGCAAGACAUUGGCAUAGACAAAGGACUCCAUCGCAAGAAGAUUCUCAUGUACCGUGAUAAGUUGCAGGUGGAGGGUGUGAAGGCCUUGUCAGUGCGUGAUCAGUGGCACUUGAAUCGCAAAUACUCGGUUGCCAGGGUCAAUGGCCUGCCCGAUCCUGGGGUCCAGCGAUUUGCGCCAGCGGUUCUGGAUCACCUGAAGAAUCAAGAAAUGGAUGUCCGAGCUUCAGAGGAGAGGUUUAUCAAGCACGUGGACGAUCUUGAUGCUGAUUUGUUGGAGCAGAGCCUCUAUUUGGAGACCCUUGAAGCCAUCAACCACGUUGUUUGCAGCCAGACAGCUUUUGUUGAUCAGGAUGGUGGAUGUGUCCGGGAAGAGAUUCAAUCGGACAGCCUCCAGGUAGUGCAAGGGAAGAAUGCGCUUCGAGAAAGGAUCAUGGCCACUCGAGCCAACACAGAGCAGUUGGCAAUUGCCGUGAACCGCUUUAGCCAAGCAAAUAGGAACAAGAUGACGGACUCAGAAAGAGACAUUGCCAAGUCGCAUCUCAACAAAAGCAUCGAGAUGUGGAAAGAAAAGAUGCUGGAGCAGGCGAAGAAAGCUUCGUUUUGCAAUGAGGGUUUGCUCCAGCGUCUAUCGGAGCGUUUGCAGUCGCAGCUGCCUGGAGGGUUUGCUGUGCGAGCCAACCUUCAAGACUUCUCCAAGUUGACAGAAGACAAGGAGAAAGCGGCAGAGAAGUGCAAGCGCAUUUACAAUUUGGCAGACCGGGAUGUGCAGUUAGCCCUUGAAGCCCGGAGUGGUGGAUUGAAAGAGAGGAUUGAUGAUGAAGAGAAAGAUCUUCGCAGAUUAGAGGGGCGCCAAAAUCGGUUGGAGGAACAAAAGGGAAAGUAUGAGAAGCUCAAGGAGAAUUAUCGAGACAUUGGGGCGCAACAGAGGAAUGAAACAAGGAACAUUCGUGACUGGCACAUCAAGCGCUGGUGGCGAUCAAUGUGGAAAGAGGAAAUGGAGGUUUAUGAAGAUCAGGUGAAGAAGGAUGAAGAACAACGUACAUCUGAUGAGCAAAAACUUGAUGGGAAGUUGGAGAAGAUCGAGAAGGAACUCAUGGAUAUCGCAGACCAAAAGAAGAAGAGACAGGAAAGUAUUGCAGAACUGAAGCACAAAGAUUCUGAGAAGUUUUGGAACAAUGUUCUGGAAGCUGAGGGUCUGCUGUCAGCAGAGGCUGAAGUGAAAGAGAAAGAUGCACUCCUAAGGGUUGUAGAGAAGCAGUUGCUGGAAGCUAUGAAGAAGACAGGGGUGGCUGAUCCCGAAUUGGCUGCACACCUUAUCACUCAGCAUGAAAGGUCAAAGAUCUUGCUCUCAGAGGCCACGGAUAGGUCCACAGAGGUCGCCACGAAUAUGCAGUCCUGGGUGUCGCUGGCUGAAGAGAUCGUGCGUGACCCCAGCAGUGCAACGGACUGCCUUCCAACUGCGCUGUUCAUCCUUCGUGACGAGCAUCAAGAGCAGAUGCGGCGGAUUAGGAAGUUCCGGCCGCAAUUUUUGCAGAAGAUCUAUGACUCAGUGUCAGCUGUCAUCGCCCUGAGUCAACCUUCAAGUACGAACAGAACGGUGUGA